AUGUUAUUUUGCAAAUAUACACUCUAUGUUGUGGGUGCGCUCUAUUCGUUGGCACAAGUUGCCCACGGUAUUGAAGUUACAAGAAACGUGGUGUUUAGUGAUUCACUAAUUGACACGGACGUAAUAGUCGACACCGGGUUUGGUGUCUCGUUUCUAAGUCAAGGGAGUGUACCAAUUUCAAUGGAUGGUGAUAUAACUAACAACGGUGUCUUUUGCCUUGGUUUAACCAAAUUUGGUACCAUUUCCUCUGAUAGCAUUACAAACAACGGUCAGAUGUUUCUACAAACUGAGAAUUUUGCGGGCUCAAAAGAUUUCCAGGCCACAAACUUAUUGAAUAAUGGGUUUCUAUCUUUUACACGUAAUAGUUUUGGUAGUAUCUCGAUUACUGGAAGCUUUAUCAACAAAGGUGUGGUUUAUAUUAAUUAUCCUAGUGACUCUGUUGUGCUUGAAGGACCUACAGGUGGGAUUGUUAAUGAUGGUGUCAUAGAAGUUUACGGUGGACUUACGCCAUAUAACAUAUCAUUUUCGAACAUUGUUGGAACAGGUUGUACAUAUCUUGACGAUAGCUAUCGAUACUUGCAACUGUUCGAUCUUUCUAAACCGUUUAACCAAACAAUAUACGCAAAAACAUCAUUUGCACAGCUAUCAUUUACGGGACCACAACUUGCAGAAUCUAUUCCGGUGAUUAGACUUCCCCCGGACAGUUUUGCAUACCUGCUAGUUGGUCCACAACUUUCCGAAUAUCCAACAUAUACUUAUAAUAAUGUCACUGGUAUGCUAAAUCUAACUGUUCCAACAGGGUCUUUUAUUUUUGAUGUAGGUCCUAAUUUGGCCCAGUAUUACGAAGCCAUAUGCAAUACUGAUAAAGUUGCAACGCCCUGUAUGCAGAUAAAAUCUAAUUCUAAUGCAGAAAUGCCAUCCAAUUGCCAAGCAAGUAUUGACGUAGACAAGGUAACUACUAACCUUUGCCCUAUUCAAAAAGCUCUCCCUGCACCCUUAACCACCAAAGCUUCAUACCAGAGCAAUACUAUAACCAAGAUAGUCUCCUAUGAGACAACCUUGGAUACUGAUGGACUGCCAAGCACUCUCAUUACAACGGAAUAUUUUAUCCCAUCGUUUAGUCUACCAUCUCCAUACACUACUACUAUAACCAAUGGUUUGCUGACACAAACAGAAGUAGUCAGCUAUUUUACCACAACGGGGUAUCUUCCAAACUUACCUGAAUUGACAACCCUUCCAUACCUAGGGACCACAACUUCGACAAUCAGUGUUCCAUUUUUGAUACCACAUCCGUAUACCAGCACGUUUACUGAUCUUAACAUGACAGUGUCGGAAAUUAUUUCGUAUUAUUCCACAACGGGUAGUGACGGUAAACCUGCCACAGGGACCACAACUAGUACCCUUACUGCAACAAGCUAUAUAACUACAACAACAACAGAUUAUCCAAUGGGCACGACACAUAUUACCAAGGAUUACACAUCAGAAGGUACGUGGUCCAGUUCAGUGACGUAUUCUACUGCAGUGGAGACGUACAUAAUUAAAAUCUUGUCCACGGGGACAGGAAUUGAAACUCUUUCUACAAUUUAUUAA